UUACUUAAUGAACAAUCGGCUUGAAACCCUAAUUGGGAUAAGCUUAUAAGUAAUUAAGUAGUCAAUUUGAAAGUUUCAACUUAAAACAAAAGAACCUAAUGGCUCAUGAGGAGACGCUUCCAUGGGAGUUAAUUGAAGAGAUACUUUCUCGUGUCCCACCAGAAUCUCUUCUUCGCUUCAAAACCGUAUCAAAACAAUGGAACGCUCUCUUCGACGACAAGACGUUCAUCAACAACCACAAGACGACGUUUCGAUUCAUCUUAGCAACCAAAUCCAAGAUUUAUUCGGUAAGCAUCGAUCCCAAGAUAGCGGUGUGUGAGUUAACCUUAGAUAUUCCCGGUCUAGAAUCUCAGAUACUUAAAAGCUUGGUUGAUGGCAAUGAGUUGUUGCUAUGUGACAUGGAGAAAGGAGCUGUGGUUUGGAACCCGUGGCUGAGACAUAGUAGAUGGAUCGACCAGGAUUCAAACCACACUAAGAGGGAGUCAUAUGGCUUAGGAUACAACAAUAAGGGGAGUUACAAGAUCUUCGCUGCUUGUGAUCGGAAGGAAAACCCCAACCAGAGAUUGUUGACAAUCCGUGACUUUGCCUCUGAUGCGUGGAAAGACCGCGAGUCUGGAGAUAAUAGUCAGCAAGUAAAACCUGUUAAAUUACACAGAAAAACUGGUGUAUCGUUGAAUGGAAAUUUGUAUUUGGUUACUUAUUAUGAAAAGACUGAUCUUGUGUACCACCUAACUAAAAUCAAUUCUUCGAGCGAAAGCAUUGUGAUAUUUUGUGAUCUACCAUGUGGGACGACGAACUUUGAUAAGGAUGCUCUUGUCCUUCGGGUUUUCGAGGGAGAUCGAUUUUCAUUGUUAAAGCAAUGCCAUGCAACAAAGAAGAUUGAGCUUUGGGUGAGCAAGUACAAGAUUAACAAUAAUCUUGAUCGUGAAGAUGUGGAAUGGAUAAAGUUCAUGGAACUGUCAAGUCCUAACUUGCCGGAUUUAGUAGACGGAUCCAACUCUCAGCCAAGUUACUUUAUUGGAGAUAAAAGGCUUGUCGUGUGCUCGUGUGACGAAACUGGUCGGGUUUGGAUCUAUGUUUUGGGGGGGAAUAAGUUGAUCAGUAAAACUCAAAUAGAUUCUGUGGUGGAUCUUUGGCCUUCGCACUGUACCUUUAUUCCCAGUUUGGUACCGGUUCCUCUAGCUCAAAGAGAAGAACCAGCAGAAUUACAAGUUUGAUUUUAUUUACAGUUUGUCUUCUUGUUUGGUUGUUGAGGAAGCUAAAUUUUAUUUGGAUUUCGGUGUUUUUAUUCACAAACCAUCUUCUUUGUUGCAACUAUAGAUUUUUGCUAAGUGAUAAAUCUCCCUUUCUUUGUUUUGCUAGUUUCUUUUGGCAAAAUAAAUUCUUAAUUAUGUUUUUUUUUUUAUGAAAAAUCUAGAGAGAAUGUUUAAGGAC